AUGACGACGGCAAAUGCGAUCGCGCAAGCCGUGGUGGCGAUGUCAGAAACACGCGAAGAGGUAGUGCGCCGACAGAUCGAGUCGGAGUAUGUUGAUUACUAUCUCGAGAUCCAAGCGUCCUUCGGCGGUGGUGAGCGAUACUACACCGUGGAACCGAAGAUUGAUGAUGGGCGCAUCGUUGCCCAGACUGCCACUGGCUACGAGGUGAAGACGCUGCAUGACAUGGGCCUAGCCUCUGACUUCCACUCUGGGAUGCAGCUGGUCAAUCGUCUGAGGCGGCAUGGCUUUAACCUCGUCGGGAACAAGCCAGAGGACUUGGUCCCCAUAAACAACACACACCCUUCCUCCAGCAGAAGCUGGGAGACCUUCUUCGUGUUCAGCAUGAAGGUACCUCUGAGCUUCCUUCGAGAGCCGCACGAGAGCAUUGAUUUCAGCCAGAGUGAUGGCAGAGUCUUCAAGUGCACGAGUGAUGGGCCACAAGAGCCCCAGACCAAUGUACUGGUGCCUGCUCAAUUUUAUGGCCGGGAGUCAGGCUAUGCCGCGACACAGGAUACCAUGUCCCUGCCUUGCGGCUUCUAUCAUCAUGAGUAG